CAGUCGCCGACUCAAGCCCGCUGCUGCCACCGCCGCCGCCGCCGAGCACCUAGAAGCACGUUCGACCUGCGACUCCUCACGCGACCAACAUCGAAUAGAACCACACUUUCUCCUAGCCACGUCCGUCCUAUCUUUAAGCUCGCUGCCGUCCAGCCUUUUGAGCAGCCCCGCCUCGCCGUGUCACGGGCCAACUUGCCUCCCUCGAGCCAAUUCUCCGCUGCAACUAUAUUCCCAAACGCGGUUUUGGCGAUGAUAUCCCUCCUCGGAUCUUCUAAAGAAGAAUUAUACUCUACCGACGAAUACCGCCCUUAUCUACCACGCAAUUAAGAGAUGUCGCAAAUCAGAUUCCCAACUGGUUUAAAUAUGUUAAACUGCCUCGGCUUUGGGCUUACCGGCAUAGCGUACCUACAAAAGACCUCCGGUACUGUCAUAAAAUUUCCUCAUGAAGGAACUGAGCGCGCCAUCGAUGUUGAGAGACGGAUCUACGAGCGAUUCCAGCAACACGGCGGACAUGAAGGUCUUCUGCUCUAUUAUGGUCCGUUCGAAAUUGGCAUCCAGCUAGAAUAUGCGAGCCUGGGUAGUCUUCGCGCAUACUUCGAAAUCCAUCAUAAGAUUGAUGCUAAGGACCGACUUCGAUGGAGCCAACAAAUUACUAGUGCGCUUGCCUUUGUUCAUUCGAUGAAUGUUAUUCAUGGGGAUCUUACGUGUCACAACAUUUCUUUGGACGACAACCAGAACGCGAAGCUUCUCGACUUUGGUGGUUCUUCAUUAGAUGGCUCUGAGCCGCUUAUUGCGGCGACGAACAGCCACAUGUGGCCUGGAGAUGACAACAAAUCACCUCAGGUCGAUAUCUUUGCACUUGGCUCCACUUUAUACGAAAUAUGGACCGGCAAACCCCCAUUCCACCAGCUCGAAUCUUGGGACCCAGAAAUCACCAACUCGUUCAAACGAUCAGAGUUUCCUGAGACGAAAAGUCUAGGACCAAUAGGCGACGUUAUUAGAGGGUGCUGGCAAGGCAGGUUCGCAAGUGCAGAUGAUGUUGUUAAAGCCAUAAACUCCUGCAGUAGAACCAGUCUUCUAACAUCCGUGGUGGAUUUUGUCUCUGCUCCACCCGUCCGCGAGACAACCAUGGGACUACACAGUCCAGGGCGUCCGAAGAAGAUAGCCAGCCGAAACUCACUGGUCAUGGAUGGAAGGAAAGGCCAAUCGCGGAAGGUCUGAGUAUGUGGGAAUUGCCUGGUGGCGAAUCCUCCGUACCCUGCCGCGUAACGAAGAAGAAAGCUGCGACAGAAUCAGGGACGGAGGACAAGCGCGAGAAACGACUGCCGGGAUUCAAGG